AUGGAGAAUCCACACGAACAGGUCCAGAAUGCGUUGUUGUCACGUAUUAUCAGCAAUAUGGUGAGUAUAAUUAUUAGGAAUAUCUAUCAAUGAAGUUGUAUACUGACUGUUUUAUAGGAAAACUUGAAUGAAUCGAUUGUCACAAUGAAUAAGUCAUUACAAGACAUAAAUAGAGGAAAUAUGGACACAGAGAUGGUAGCACAGAUGUGGGAGAACUAUUCCAAGAACUCUGAAUUCAAUUUGGAAGCCACGGGACAGAAAAAAGACCCUAUAUGA